GAGUUGGCCAGUCGUCAUAUUCUCCCGCCCAUGUCUGCGCUCUCGACGGUCGUUGCGACAACCACGUCGAUCGUGGCCGUGACGCUCGCCACGCUCUUUGUGCUGUACUUCCGACCGACGAGAAAGGCAGCGCCUCCGUUAGUUUACUCGGAAGGGGACCAGUCCACGGCCGAGCCUGGCCACGGUCCCAUCCACAGGGGUGGAAAGACCCCGGCGCUCCCUUCCACCUCCAUGCUCGAAUUGCUCCAACGCGCCGUGCGAAUGUUUCCCACCGGUGCCUUCUUGGGCCAUCGCCCAUUUGUCAAUGGUGCGUUCGGGGAGUACGUGUGGGUUACGUACGAGCAGGCGUACGAGCGCAUUCAAAACUUUGCAGCUGGCCUUCGCCAUGAAAAGCUCAUGGAGCCUACCGCAGACGGCCAUCGCAUCCUGUGCAUCUACAUGAAGAACCGCCCCGAGUGGCUCUUGGCCCAGUAUGCCGCGCUGUACUGCGGUGGAUUCAUUUCGUCGCUGUAUGACACGCUUGGCGCGUCGUCGACGCAGUUCAUCCUCAACCAGACGGACGUGCAAACGGUCGUGUGCACGACGCUCGAGAUCAAGAGUGUCAUCGACGCCAAGGCGACAUGCCCGAGCUUGAAGCACAUUGUACUGGCCGACGUCAACUCGACGGACAACGUCGAUGUGACGGCUGCCAAGGCUGCGGGGCUCAAGGUGUGGACGGUAGUGGAGGUGGAAGCCAUUGGCGCUCGGUUUCCUACCGCGCCGACGUACGCCAAGCUCACGGAUCCUUGCUUUUUGAUGUACACGAGUGGCACGACAGGAGACCCGAAGGGAGUUUUGUUGUCGAGCGAGAACAUCAUGUCGUGCACCCAGGGUGUGAUCGACCGUGUCGGCCAUGGCGAUGUCUUGGAUGCCAUGAACGAACGCAGCGUGCAUUUGAGCUACCUUCCGCUGGCCCACAUCUUUGAGCACGUGGUCAUCACGGCUAUCAUCACGUUCGGGGCUCGCAUCGGGUUUUACCAAGGCAACACACUCAAACUGGCGGACGAUUUGUGUGCGCUGCGCCCGACGUUGUUUCCGACGGUGCCGCGGCUCCUCAACAAGAUCUACGACAAGGUGGUGAUCUCGGCCAAGUCUGCAGGCGGCAUCAAGCCGUGGCUUUUCAACUGGGCUUUAAACACGAAGCUGCGCAACUUGAAACGCGGCUACCUCGGUCAUCCGUUCUUCGACAUGCUCAUUUUCUCCAAGAUCCAAGAAAAGCUGGGCCUAGACCGAUGCAAGUUUAUUGCGGUCGGAUCGGCGCCCGUCUCGCCGGACGUGAUGAACUUUUUCCGCAUCGCCGUCAACUUUCCGAUCGUCGAAGGCUACGGCCAGUCCGAGUGCUCGGGCGUGUCAAACGUCAACGACCCCCGCGACUUUGACUCGGGCAACGUCGGCCCUCCGACGGCGUCCACCGAAAUCAAGCUGGUCGCCGUACCAGACAUGGGGUACGAGCCCACGGACACGGUCCAUGGAGAAGGCCCGGCGCAGUUUGCAGUCCGUGGCCGAGGCGAAGUGUGCUUUCGCGGCCCGACAGUCUUCUCGGGGUACUUCAAGGCGCCGGACAAGACGGCCGAAGCCAUCGACGCGGACGGGUGGCUCCAUUCCGGCGACAUUGGCGUGUGGCUCGUGGACGGCCGCCUCAAGAUUGUCGACCGGAAGAAAAACAUUUUUAAACUAAGCCAAGGCGAGUACGUCGCGCCGGAAAAGAUCGAGAACGUUGUCGUCGUCAGCGAAUUCGUCGCCCAAGCGUUUGUGUACGGCGACAGUUUGCAUGCGGUGUUGGUGGCGAUUGUCGUGCCCGAGGCAGAAACGGUGGCCAACUUGGCCAUGUCGCUCGGGAUCACAUGCUCCGGCGUGGCCGAGCUCUGCCAGAACGACCAGGUGGUCGCUGCCGUCCUCCACGACAUCGUUCGCGUGUGCAAAGCGUCGGGCCUCCACAGCUUCGAAAUUGUCAAAGCGAUUGCACUUCAUCCCCAACAGUUUACGGUCGACAACGACCUGCUCACACCAACGUUCAAGCUCAAGCGGAAUGAAGCGAAGAAGGCGUUCAUGGGGACCAUCGACGCAUUGUAUACUCAAGUGGGUGACCUCGUCGGUGGCCAACAUGUCUUGCAAGGCUAAACGCAGCAGGGGAAAUAACAACGUCAAUGAGCUGGUGGCCGUGGGUGGAGUGCGCCAGAGGGAGUGGGCAGUCUUGUGGACGGAAACAACCAGCCGCUGGUGCAGCGCAACGAACAGUUCUCGUCGUACUCGGUCGGGACGAACUGGCGACGAGAGGUGAUUUACAUGGCUUGCGUGUGCAGGAUCACGAGGGCUUUCGUGGAUCGCAUGUCCUCUGCUAUUCCAAAGCCUGGAGGACAGGCAUGCGCGCGGGGUCGUUCCCAGCCGAGAGAGAUCGACAAACUUCCUGAAAUGCGUUACGGAGAGUCAUGUCCAGGUCGCCCUUGACUCCUCGUUGGUGGAAUCGUACAUUCGUUGGAUCGCUUGACCCAUCGAGUUCAGCUUGUCACUCUCCCUUCAACAACUUGGAGCCACGUAUCGACCGACGUCGGCGUCAUG